AUGCUUAAAUGGAAAAUUUAUCGGGUACCAAACAUGAAAUUAACUCUUAUUCUAUUUCGACGCAACCGUUUACCAAAUGGACAUUUGUUCAGAGGAAAAGAUCGACUCGUAAAAAAAGUUGAACCUAAACAUCUUCGUCAACUGAAAAGAGAUUUUGAGGUCGAAGAAAAAAAUAUGUUUUAUUUGCGCUUUCCGUAUCUCACAGAAGCAGAAAGUUCUGGCCAUGCAAAGGCCCUUGGCAAGACGAGUCGAAUGAGAAAAGAACAAUUAUUAGAUCAGAAUAGAAGAAUUUUCAAAGAAGAUGUUACUUUAUUCGAGCGUUUAAAACAUCUUAGAGUAGCAGAAUCUUGGGAUUAA